GGCUGGUGGCUGGUCCAGGAUGACGGCCGACAGCUGAUCCGGGUUGUGUCUCUGCAGCGUGUCCAGCUUCGGCGGCCCGGUUCCUCGGUUCGGUUUCCUCUUCACGGCUCAUGGCCUCAGUCCGGCUGCUGUGCUCGCUGUGUGUGACGCUGCCGCUGCUCGGCCCGGGGCUGCCGGCCGCGGCCGAGCAGCUCCACGUCGCUCUGGUCGAGGUUUUCCUGGAGCAGCGGCCGGCGGUCAGCGCUCUGCUGCAGGGGGAGGUGGUGGAGCCCGGCCGGGGCAGCGGCUCGGAGCGCCGGGACGGGGAGCGGGACCUGCAGGGGGACCUGAUACUGGUGCAGGAUGAGGAGCCCCAGGUGAGCGGAGGAAAAGCCGACGAGGAAGCCAAAGAGCAGGAGCCGUGGAUCGGAGUCGUGCCUGUGGAGAUGGAGGAGAGCAAAGCCUCCACCGGCAACCAGGAGUCCUUCGCCGACACCGUGGUCAAUAAAAUGAAGCGAGCCUUGGUCCUGGGAGCGUCUGCUCUGAUCAUUCUGGCCCUCAACCAAAACACUGUCAGCGAGAUGGAUCUGUCGCAGGUUCUGUCCAAGCCCAUCAUCGUCAUCCAGACAUCUGAGAACGUCACCAAGCUGAUCGGAGCGCUUCUCAGGGGCCUUCACGCGACGGCAAAAAUCACAUACAAGACCAUUCUGCAGGACAACUUGGGAGCCACCCUCACUCUGUGGUCCAGCUGCGGCCGGUCCAGAGGUGGCCUGUACGGAGAAUGGCAGGGAGUCAUCUGUACGGGAGAGACCAACUCUCAGGUCCAGAAAUAUCUGCAGCAGCUGUGGGACACUGUCCUCCUGGUGGCCCUGAUCCUCAGCACAGGGGUCAUAGUUCAAGCCCGCUGGCAGUACCAGGACCGCCAACUUAAUGACGAUUUAGAGCUGCUACCUAAACAGGACAUACUGAAGAGGAUGUCGUCUCUGAAGACCAAGACGUACCAUCAGCCCAAACCCUGGUGCGACCCGUCCCAGCCGAUAGAGACCGACAACUGUGCCGUCUGUCUGGAGCCGUUCAACAACAACCAGUGUCUGCGGGUCCUGCCGUGCCUACAUGAAUACCACAGGGACUGCGUGGACCCCUGGCUGCUGCUGCAACACACGUGUCCCCUGUGUAAACGCAGCAUACUCAGCAACCUGUGUAAAGACAGCUAAUGGUCGCUGCUGCUCCGCGACACCUGACCUCAGCCGGAGCAACACCGGGAAUCAAGUCGCGCCUCGUCUUUGGUCACACUCCAGUAGCCGUUUUCUGACCUCGCAACUUCCUCCUUCCCGCACUUGACUGUGGGAGCGGGUAAUCUUCUCGCAGCAGCUGACCAGCCACCGGGACCGUGGAGCGGUCCUGUUUUGACCUCUGACCUCCCUGAAGCAGGUCGUGCAGUGACACACAGUGGUAGUAUGGAAACACUACUAAGAUGUGCCGUACUGGUAUUGUUGUGUGUGAACAGUACUUCUUCCCUGGAUCACGUUACUGUACUAUUGUGGAAUGCUCUUUUUCUGUUUUUGUUCGAUCGUUUUUUACCGGUAUGUUGUGUUUGACCCACACCAGUGAAGUCGUGUGGAUUCCUCUUCCAAGUUCAAGUUUUUAGUUCGAGACAAGAGCACACCCCGUAGUUUCUGACAGGCAGGCUUGGCCACAGUUUUUCCACGAGACAACAUUUUAUUUUGUGACCCUUUUCCAGGAAGACUGUGCGUUGUGCUCUGUUUUGCUGCAACCAACCUGGACACAGACCAGUGGCUUUUAAAAAUUGGUACUUAGGAGUGAACUGCUUGUGCAUGGACGUUCAGUGCUUUAUGGUUUUAGGCAUGGGUGUGUUGAUGUGCUUAAAUGCAUCUACAGGUGGCCGCAGCUGGCCCAUAUCGGUGUUUUCUCUAAGUAGUAAUGAUGUCAGUAACCAACUAAUGAGGCGGAUUAAGGGGAACUCAAAUUUAAUUGUUCAGCCGAUACAAUAUAAAUACGAAUAUAAUUUACAAUUAACUAUACCACACCUGAUAAAAACAUGGGAAUCUGCAAGAGUGGCUGCACUUGAAUGCCAUGAGUUUAACAGCCAAAAUAUAUUAUUUAAAUCUCAGUUGUACAGCCAGUGUAGUUAGAACUGUUCUGUUGUACGAUUUGUAAGAGCGCAUGUGAAGUUCAGUUGGAUUUUGGAUUUAAAAGAGUAAGUAAACGUCAGGCCCGAAUCUCUGAAGCCUGGCCUUUAACAGUGAAAAGGUGGCUUGUGAUGUCACCGCCGACAGAGAACAACAGGUGGUGACAUGACCCCCCUACUCGUCACCAUGAAAGGCCAGGCUUCAGAGAUUUGGAGUUGGGGUUUAGCUACUGGUUAACCUUUGAUUUAGUUUUUUUUCUUUUAUCCUUACUGUUCUGUCAAAGUAUAUUCCAAGGUCUACAGCUGAAGAACUUUGAAAAUGCCCCCGUUUGUUUGAAGAAGUCAAAGAAAUACUGAAGCGAUUAGAGGCCUUUGAGCAUUGAGACUAUGUCUGACAGGGUGUGAUCAAAAUGUUUCCAAGGUGUCUCCACCUGGGUCGUCUGUGAUUAAGUCUCCACCAUAUCCUCCCAUACUGGGAAAAAAAGUAAAAGUUCAACUCAUUUUUGGAAUGAAUCAGGAGUGACAAAGCUUUGACUUCAAGGAUAUCAAAAUACAGUAUUCAUGUAUUUAUUUAUUUUUUUCUUGAAUUUUGUAAUGACAACUCCAAAAAGCAAUCCCAUGCUUUUUUUUGUUUUGUUACAAAAUGCUCUCAUAGAUCUAUUCUUUCCAUAGAAAAUAGUUGCUGUGCAUGGCAAAAUGUAGGAGCUCCUCCCUUUACACACACACACACACACACUAAAUUUGUUUGGGAGAGAUGAGGCCCCCCCCCAUGUAGCAUGUGCUUCUACACACACACAUACACACAGCAGUGUGCUAAUGAAAUGUUAAUAUAGUGAAUUUUCUUUUCCUAUGGUUUCUGGAAGCUGGGGGACAGGUGUCGGGUCAAGGUGGAUGAGGUCUCACACCUGUACUACUCAUGCAGGAUGAGUAAUAAGACCCGCACGCCCCAGAUUCCUUCCCCGUCUCUGAUGUCCAGAUUUGAGAUUACCAGGUCAUGGUAAUUGUUCUUCCAGCUAAACUAGGAGCGACAGUCUUGCUGAUGCCCUGGUCGUCUCUUCCUUUUAUUCCUGUGUUGUUCAUUCAACGAUGAUGUCAAAGAAACUUGAUUCCAUAACUCUGGAUCUUAAUAAUAAACUGAUUUGUUACUUGGCAAAAAUAAAGACUUCAUUUGUCCUCAGUCACUGGCUCACACUCAGAACUUUGGUUUUCAGUAAACUGUAAGAAGAAAGAAAUCUAAUUGAGCCAAAGAGCUGCUUGCCUUCAGGCUCAAACAUUAACUUUAGGUGUUCAGUGUCUCUUUAAACAUUCCCCCAACAAGCUGCUUUGCAACCUCCAGUUAACAAAAAGCCAAAAUGUGGCCUUGCCAAAGAAAAUUACAACUUAAGUGCAACUUUUCAACAAGCGACAAGGCUAACCAUCACCAACCUCUGUAGCUUUUCCUGUCUGCAAUCGGCUUUGAGGAUUCUGCACGAUUCUGGGACAAAAGGUGGAUCAUGAGGGUACCAGAGCCAAACGUCACAACCUUCAAAUCUAACCCAAAAUGAUAACUAGGCCCCUGUUCCUCUUUCCCUCACUCACUCAUAUCUGAGCCACCAUCUUGCUGACUCCUCCCUAUCUGUCAGUCUGGUUCCCACAGCAGGCCACUGUGCAGGUGCAGGUCAGGAGGGGAUCAUGCCUUUGUUCCUCUUGCGGUCGGCCAUGACGCGCCGGUUGUGGUUGGCGCCUCGGCUCUUGUUGGCCUCCUUCUUGCGUCGGUCCAGGUAAGUCUCCAAGGUCUGACCCUGACCUUUAGGCUUGCCCACCACAUUGGUAGGAGGCUCUGGCCGAUAGCUGGAAGAGACGGAUCAUGUUGUUCAUAAAUACCCAAGAGGGGUGUACAUACAAAUAUACAGCAAAUUUCGCAAACAUUUUAAACUAGAAUUACUGUCUGUAAGUGAAAACGCGCCUCCAGAAGUGUUUUUCCAGAACAUUAUGAUGUCACAGUGAAGUUGACCUUUGAUAUCUAUCAUUUCAGUCUGUUUGACAGUUGUGUGAAACUUUGCCAUAAUUAGCGUGGGAAUUGUUGGGUUAGGGUCAAAAAUGUGUUUCAUGAGAUAACAGUGACUUUGACCUCUGACCACAAAAGUCUAAUCUGUUCAUCUAUGACUCCAAGUGGAUGUUUGUGCCGAAGUUGAAGAACUUCCCUCAAGGCGUUCCUGAAAAUGGGACGUACAUAUGUAUGGACGGAUGGACAACAUGGGAACAUAAUGCCUGUGGCCAUGGCUGUUGCUGGUGUGGAAGCAUUGAAAAAUCAUUGUCAGUACAACAUCACCUCAACAAUGCUACAUGUAAAGAGUUGUUCGAUGUUUCAGCCAAGUGACCUUCAAUUAAACUACUUUUCAAAUACAGCAGUGCUGCGGCAACACUGUUUUAUAUUCAAGUUACUGUGAACUUUGUCUCACCUGCACCUGCAUAAAAAAGGACCAAUCAUAAUAUGCAAAUUUGGUGCAUUUCCAUCAGCUUGGAUAACAAUAGGCUACUUGAAUCUUGAACUGAUUGCUGGGGGGCUUUUGCUUCUUAAAGGUCAGCUAACGUUGACCUUGUGUUUCAUUCAAAGAUGAAAUCAAAUGCAAGGGCUAAUGUAUGUGUACAUGUAAGAAACAGCACAUGUGAUAUCCUAAUGCUCCAACUGAAGGUCACAGAAUCAGGAUGGAGGCUUUGCAUGUGGACGUGACACCUAUUGUGAAAGGAGAUUUAACCAAUUCACAAACCGAUCAAGGCAAGCCUACUUAACCACCAUGUAGUUUAAAAAGAAAUUU